AUGUUGUUACUUCUGCUGCUUACCCGAAUUUUUUGGCUCAAAAAAUUUAAUCAAACGCAGACUUUGCAGGUUGACAUCAUGUUAAAUACUAGUUGGGAUGCUAUCUUUUCCGAUGAACUGUUUUCAAUGACUAGUUAUGGGCUUAUUCUUAGAAACUGGAGGAAUUUUGGAACACCAUACAUGAUGUUCAGUACAACCCUUACGAUGUGUCUAUUCAACUGGGAGCUUUCUCUCGCGAGAUCGUUUUCACAAACUCCAAGCACUUUGUUCUACUACGGUGAUGACCAAUCCCAUAAUCCUGCUUUAUUCACUCACCGCUUAACAUCAGUUUUCGAGUCUUUCAUCAUCUCAUUGUCCGUGAAGUACUUAGUAGAGAAUCACCAUACGACUGGAGUUAAAAUGCUUGGCGUCAAAAAUUUUACAUUUACUGAGGCAUGGUCCAAUGCAGCGUUUAUUUUCCUGGAAGAGCUGAACUUUCUUGCCUACCCGCGACCCAGAAAAGUGCUUUUUGCGACAGACAACCUUGAAUUUGACUCGCUUUCCCCAUACGUCAGGACGGUAAGAUGGUCACCGCAGUAUAGUGUUUUGAUGCAUUCAAAUACGAAGCUGAUGAUUUCACAUUGCGGUCUCAAAAGUUUAAAAGAGGCUAUAUGCACCAGGACUCCAGUUAUUUGUCUUCCAAUUUUUGCGGAACAAACACACAAUACCGCAAUAGGAGUUAAACUCGGUUUUGCUCGAUCUAUAAAUAAACUGCAGCUGACGGCUGAAAAACUUCUAAAUGUUACCUACGAAAUGUUACAAAACGAUAGCUACACUAAAAAAGUUUCAAAAACACAUAACUUUUUUAUGGACAGACCUCUGAACAGUUUAAGUGAAGCCGUUUUCUGGACUAAUCGAGCUCUUCAACUAAAAGGCAGACAACCAGUGUUUAAAAGGAAAGGGAUGUGGCAGUCGACAAUAAUUUAUUUUUACUUCUUUGAAAUUGGAAUUCUUCUCUCUCUUUUAGUUUUGCUGACGUUUUUUUCCAAAAGUGAGUUUUGA